AUGGAGAACUGGAGUAGUGGUAAUAAUAAGCCUUCAAUGCAACAACCUGAGACGAAACAUGACGAUACCAAGCCACUUAUGAAAGUGAAAACAUCCGGUUUAUCUCCUUCCUCAUCACCUCUUUCAUCACCUACUUCAUCCGAAUCAUCACUAGAACUAAGUAACAGUGGAAAGGAUCCUCUUGGAGACGCGGAUGCUUCUUUAUCAGCAUCUUCAUCUUCUCCUGAUCAUGUUCCUAAUCAGACACCACAAUGGAGUAUGAUAAGUGCAUCUCCGCGUGGUGAAGAACCUCCACAAUUUCCUGAUUUCUUCCCACAGAAUCCUGAAUGGAAUGUAGCCAACCCUGCACCGAUGAAGUCACCUCCAAUGCAUACCAUGGGUCAUCCUCCAGGUUAUGAUCCUAACCGGAUUCCCUCGUCUAUAUUUUCAAGUAAGCCUAAUAGCAGUGGUAUGGAAUGGAGUACUGCAUCAAAUGAAUCAUUGUUUAGUAUUCAUAUGGGAAACAACAGCUUCUCUCGAGAUCAAUUCAACAUGAUGUAUCGAUCUGGAGAACUUAUAAAACCGGAGGAAUGGAGUAAUUCUCCGUAUAAUGCACCUGAUGUUAAAUCCAAUGACAAGAAAAACGUGCCUCCUAACCUUCCUCCUCUUGUCGAAAUGGCAACAGAUAAAGAGGUAAAGAGUGAAACUAUAAUGGAGAGUCCUCGUAAGCAAGAAAAGAUUGUUGAAUCUCCCAAAAUAGUCCCAGAGGAGAAUCAUGAAAAUAACAUCAAAGUGAAGAAGACAUCUAAUGUCGAUGAAGUUCAACAUUCUCCCUCAGCGCUCAACAAGUCAGAUGAAUUUCUACAUUCUGCCUCAACGCUCAACAAGUCAGAUGGUAAAGCCGUUCCUCAGUUUGAGGCAAGUUAUGCUUCCUCGCCCCGCCUCUCCAAUGAGAGUGGAAACAGCAGCAGCUCCUUUGCUUUUCCACUGCUACUAAACGAUGCUGGGAAAACUGGCUCACUCAAAGCUCCCUCUGCGAAAAUGGAGAGACCUCAACCUCAGCCUCAGCAUCAGCAUCAGCAUCAGCCACAGCAACAGCCACAACCACAACCACAACCUCAACCCAAGUAUGAACCAGAUUCACAACCAGAAAUGCAGCCUCAAUCACCGCAACAAUCACAGCCAUACUCGAAGUCAGAGUCAAAACAACCGGAGUCACUGCCUAAACUGGGAGCGACUAGUUGGUUUUCUUGUUUCUCUUGCUGGCCUCGAUGUUGUUAACAUAGGCUUCAUCCUUGUCCAUUGUAUGUAUGUACACAAGAAAUACUAAUUCAUUUGGUCUUUGAUCAAGGACGACUCCUAGAAGUUAGAACGCCUGUCUUCACCAUAAAUUGUAAAUUUUCUUUUGCCAUGUGAAAUACAUGAGAGGGCAUU